AUGUCUGAGCAGCUGGGUUCCCAGUCCACGGCGAAUCACAACAACAUUGGUACCCUUCAGCAGGAUGUUAACGUGCACACUACGGACGAGGCUUCUGGUUCUCAGCCUGGCUUGGCUACUACUGGGCAGGAUGAGACUUCUCACCGUGAGAGGUCUAGAUCGCCUGAGGUUGUCUUAGAUGCAAGCAUGGCUCGUCGUUUGCUUUCUGAGAAGCUAGGUGUUGAGCGUGACUUGUUGGUGUUUAUGACCUCUACUGAAGCUAAUACUCUUAUAGACUCAGUUGACGAUUUGUCCACUCGUUUGGCGCUGCGAAGGUGCUGGGCAGUGGCUUCGUCUGAAGCUGGACCUGUUAGGAUGAUGGGUCGGUCAGCGCAGCCACCGACUCAAGGACCAGUCUACCAUGCCGAGUUACCGGUGGGUUCCAAGACUGGCCCUUCUAGCACCGUCUCCUUUGAUCGACUUUAUAACGAUUCUCAGGAUCAUCGUUCUGACGUCAAGACCAUGACUGCCAUUGGUCAGCUUCCGAUCCCGGGUGAUAAGGUGUUUCAAGGUCGAGAUGACGCAAGAAGUGUCUCCUAUUUCUGUCGAGAGCUUGCUCUGACUG